GUUCAUAGAAACUUCCAUCAACUUAUUCUAUAAACCAUUUACAUUUUCCAUACAUUUAGUCUUACCCACCAAGAAAGUGCUAAGAAGUUACAAUGGUUGCACCCUUUGCCCUUAAGGAAACGGAAAAGAAAUCAUCGUGGUCAAGAAGCGAGAUGAUUCCUCUGUGGGGAAUCAUCCUAUCUCUUGUCUUUCUGAACUUGGUAAUAAUACUGCAUGAUUUCUAUUCAAGCUUUCGUUUCAUUGUCAGUAUACUCAAAUCUUUCCUGGGAGUCUUUUCUUAUAUCUGGGUUCCUUCCAAUCCUAAACCACCUACACCCCAGAAAAUUUGCAGAAACGGCAAUGAAAUUUUGAAUGCAGCUGCCGAAGAUCAAAGUGCAGAAACCAAUGAUGGCCGAGAUCUCUCGUUUUCAGAAUUGAAAAGGGUGAUGGAGAAAGCGGGGGUGAGUGAAAUAGGUGGACUGUUCGAGGAAGAAGAACCGAGUUUAAUGGAAGUGAAAGAAGCAUUCGAUGUAUUGGAUGAAAAUAAGGAUCGGUUCAUCGAUGCAAAGGAGUUAAGGAAUGCAUUGAUUUCGUUAGGUUUGAUGGAGGAAGCUUCGGAAGAUGACUGCAAAAUAAUGAUUAAAGGGUUUGAUGAUAAUUGUGAUGGCCGAAUUGAUUUUAACGAAUUUGUCAAAGUUUUGGAGACAAGUUUUUGCUUCUGAACCUUCAUUCACUGUUGUAUAUUUAGUUGUAUUACUUCAAGUUAUAUAUUUUUCACCAAAAAAUAUAAAAAUUAUCUAAUAUUUAGAUUAAA